UGUGUGUUGCUCCGCCUCUUCUGGACUAAAACAUAACACACACUCACACUGAAGCUCUGCUCGAGCACAGCUGAUUUUUAAUCAAAUAUAACGGUAUAUAAAAUAAAUCACAUAUCAACCAACAGAAGAGACGGACAGAAGCGCAGUUUGCAAGCAUGUGUUCCUAUGGAGGAAUCUCAGCACACAUCAGUGCUAACAGACUGAAAGCAGAGGGCAGGGGCUCUUUCGAGCAGGCCAUACAUUUCCAGAACCAGGAUUUUGAAGCCCUAAGACAGGAGUGUUUGGAAGGAGGUUACCUGUUUGAAGAUCCAUGCUUUCCCGCUGAGCCUCCGUCUCUUGGUUUCAAAGAACUUGCACCGUAUUCAUCUAAAACCCGUGAUGUGGUGUGGAUGCGUCCAACGGAGUUCUGUGAUGAUCCACAGUUUAUUUUGGGCGGAGCUACGAGGACAGACAUCUGUCAGGGAGCUCUGGGUGACUGUUGGCUUCUGGCUGCUAUAGCUUCACUCACUCUUAAUGAACAGCUUUUACACAGAGUUGUUCCUCACGGACAGAGCUUUCAGGAUGGAUAUGCUGGGAUUUUCCACUUUCAGUUCUGGCAGUUUGGCGAGUGGGUGGACAUUGUGAUUGACGAUCGAUUGCCAGUCAAAGAUGGAGAGCUCAUGUUUGUUCACUCAGCAGAGGGAAAUGAAUUCUGGAGUGCCUUGGUUGAAAAAGCCUACGCUAAGUUAAACGGCUCCUAUGAAGCUCUUUCUGGAGGUUCCACCACGGAGGGUUUUGAGGAUUUCACCGGUGGCGUCUCCGAGAUGUACGAGCUCCGGAAAGCUCCGAAAGAUCUCUACAGAAUCAUCGGCAAAGCCCUGGAGCGAGGCUCACUGCUGGGCUGCUCCAUUGAUAUCACCAGUUCCUUCGACAUGGAAGCGGUGACUUUUAAGAAGCUUGUCAAAGGUCAUGCUUACUCUGUGACUGCUCUCAAACAGGUGGAGUAUAGGGGUCGUACAGAGAGGCUCAUCCGUAUCCGUAACCCUUGGGGUCAGGUGGAAUGGACAGGCGCCUGGAGUGACAACUCCCCUGAAUGGGAUGAGAUAGAUCCGUCUGAGAAAGAUGAUCUGCAUUUACAGAUGGAGGACGGAGAGUUUUGGAUGUCGUUUAGUGAGUUUUUGCGGCAGUAUUCCAGGUUGGAGAUCUGUAAUCUGUCUCCUGAUGCCCUGAGCAAUGAUGAACUGAGCCACUGGAACACCAUCAAGUUUCACGGCACCUGGAGGAGAGGUAGCACUGCAGGAGGCUGUCGAAAUCAUCCCAACACGUUCUGGAUUAAUCCGCAGUAUAAAAUCACUCUAAUGGAGGAAGACGAUGAUCCAGAGGACGAAGAGGUGGCCUGCAGCUUCCUGGUGGCUUUAAUGCAGAAAGACCGCAGACGCUAUCGUCGGCAAGGGCAGGACAUGCACACCAUCGGCUUUGCGAUCUAUGAGAUUCCUGAAGAGUACGCAGGUUGUCAGAACGUGCAUCUUAAAAAGGACUUCUUCUUGGCACACUCUUCGUGCGCUCGAUCCGAGACCUUUAUUAACCUGCGAGAGGUGAGCACUCGUCUCCGCCUGCCGCCUGGUGAAUACAUCGUCGUUCCCUCCACCUUCGAGCCUAGCAAAGAGGCGGAUUUUGUCCUACGGGUCUUCACAGAAAAACAAUCACAGACAGAGGAGUUGGAUGAUGAGAUUUCAGCAGACUUGGAGGAUGAAGAGGAAAUUUCAGAGGAUGAUAUCGAUGACUCUUUUAAGGCAAUGUUUGCUCAACUGGCUGGAGAGGAUAUGGAGAUAUCUGUCCGUGAACUAAAGACCAUUCUGAAUCGAGUCGUGUCCAGACACAAGGACAUCAAGACAGAUGGGUUCAGCAUGGAGUCCUGUAGAACUAUGGUCAACCUUUUGGACAAAGAUGGAAGUGCCCGGUUGGGAUUAGUAGAGUUUCAGAUCCUUUGGAACAAAAUUAGAAAGUUGCUGGGGAUCUUCAGAGAAUUUGACAUUGAUAAAUCAGGGAAUAUGAGCUCCUAUGAGAUGCGUCUUGCAGUGGAAUCAGCAGGCUUCAAGCUUAACAACAGACUGCACCAGAUUCUAGUAGCCAGAUACGCGGAGAACGAAGUCGUCGAUUUUGAUAACUUCAUCUGUUGCAUGAUCAAACUGGAGUGCAUGUUCAAAUCUUUCCAGCUGUUGGACAGAGAGGGAACCGGAGAGGCUGAGAUGAACUUAUCAGAGUGGCUCUUCAUGGCGAUGUGCGGUUGAGCAUUCCCGGCGCAAGAAUGUGCUGCCAAGUGCCUCAAGACUAAACUCUUCAUGCAACGAUCCCACUUUAACGAUAAUGGUUAGAAAAAAGUGCCACUGUUUUUUUUUUAAGUAUUUGUUUUAAUUUAAAUAGAAAAUAUUGCUACUGCACAAUAGAGAAUAACACUGUAUGUACGUCUGCUGUCUGAAGAGGACCUAUAUUCGCUGCUAACUGUUAACAUGUCUGAGGAAAAUCACAUACGUGCCAGGCAUAUGUAACAAACAUCAUUUUAAAAGUUUUGCAUUUUUUUCCUUAAGGAAAACUAGCCUUUGUUUCUUAAAGGUUAACUGCUGAUAGUGCCACAGGAAAUGCAACUAAUAAGAACCACUUUACAGCAUUGCAUGUUUUCCUAACAGGUAAACUUAUGCAUCCUAUUAAAAAGCCUUAGAUGCAGAAUGCAACAAUUGUAUAGGCUGUAUGUCAGUAUUGUCACUGAUCUCAUGUAAGCAAAGCACUUCUAAUAUAGCUCAAGAAUAAAAUCUUAUAACUUUU